CGCUGGAAUGUGACAGAGGCCGAAGGCGCAAUUUUUGGUAUUUUUAAAAUAAACCUCGCACGCGAGUAGUGUAUUGCGAACGCUUAUUGCGGAAUGGUUACCGUAACAGUAUUAUUGUGUUAUUAGUGAUUUGUUUUUAAAGUAAAAUAAAUAAAAAUGGCUGAUAUAGAAAAACUUUUAAAACAAGCAGCAAUGCAAGUCGGAGCUGGCGGAAGCGCAGGAUUUAUAGAAGUUUGCAUCAUGCAUCCUCUUGAUCUUAUAAAAACAAGAUUACAAUUACAAGCUAAUAAAACUUCUUUAAAAAGUUCGGAUCCUCAUUAUUAUAAUGGAAUAAUCGAUUGUAUGAAGAAAAUGUAUAGAAAUGAAGGUUUAACAUCAUUUUGGAAAGGAAUUUUGCCACCGAUUUUAGCUGAAACUCCGAAACGAGCUGUGAAAUUCGUAACUUUUGAACAAUAUAAGAAAUUAUUUUUAUUCGGUUCCAGUUCACCCACUCCUUUAACUUUCGCUUUAGCUGGUCUUGGAUCUGGAAUAACAGAAGCAAUUCUGGUAAAUCCAUUCGAGGUUGUCAAAGUGACUCUUCAGUCGAAUAGAGCUUUAGCAACCGAAGUUCCGAGUACAUGGACGGUGACGAGGCAGAUUGUAAGAGAAAAUGGACUUGGAUUCAGAGGCCUUAAUAAAGGUCUAACAGCAACUAUAGCGAGAAAUGGAAUUUUUAAUAUGGUCUAUUUCGGAUUCUAUCACAGUGUCAAAGGAUAUUUACCAGAAUAUGAGGAUCCUCUUUUAGAAUUUGGUCGAAAAGUUGCCAUCGGAUUUACGUCAGGUGUUCUCGGUUCUUGCGUAAAUAUUCCAUUCGAUGUCGCAAAGAGUCGUAUCCAGGGUCCGCAGCCAAUACCAGGUGUAAUUAAAUAUCGCUCAACGACUGGGGCUAUUAUGUUGGUGUAUAAGGAAGAAGGGUUCCGUGCUCUAUACAAAGGAUUACUGCCAAAGGUUCUUCGAUUAGGUCCAGGAGGGGCUAUUAUGCUUGUUGUGUAUGAUUACGUGUAUCACUUUUUGGAAGAUAAAUUUCAAAACAAGCACCGUAACUUAUAACCUACAAUAACUCAAAUUCAUAUAAUAGUGCAUUAAAAUUACAUUCAGAUGUAUGUAGUUAAAUUAGACUUAAAUAGCCCAUUAAUUAUGAAUGUAUAUAUUUUUAUAAUUUAGAAGUAGUAGUUAUAGAAACAUAGUACAAUAUACCAUAAUAUACUUUAUAUGAAGAAAAAUAUCCUUCAUAAAAAUGUGUUAUUUUUAUCUUUUUUCAGCAUUUCAAUUAUAUUUUGUAAGUGAUACUGCCGUACAAAGCGUCUCUAUAAUAGACAACGAAAACAAAAAAUGUAACAAAAAUAAAAAAAUGAUUGUUUAUGAAAAUUACGACAAAAUAUAUAUAUACUUUUAAUCAUAACCAAGAAAAAAAAAUCAUUUAAUUGUAUGUAUCACUUAGUACUUUAAGUUUUUUUCAAUUAACAAUGUUCCAAUGAGUGGCGGUAAAAUGCCUAAGGUAGCAUUUAUAAUGGUUUUUACUAUUUUAAAUCACAAUUA